GAAACGCCGUUAGCUUGUGAAAUACAGCAACAGCAGCCUGUAGAUGGGACGGACUGUGCUACAAGGGAGGCUAAAUUUACUUCCUUUCCGGUGUAUAUCUUCUUCUGAAGUUGCUGUUUUGUCGUGAAAAGACCGAGGUGGACAUUAACUUUUCUCACGAUGAUUUACACGCUGGUUCCCAGUUAAGGAUGUGGUUUUGAAGAGGAUUGUGGUGACGGACGGUCCGCCUCAGACUGUGGUAACGAUAGCAGCUGGUUAGCUGUAUCUGCGACAGCGGCCUUCUGGCAACUCCGGACCCGGGACACCAACGUUAGCUACUUUGCGGAACAGGCCGACUUUUACUACCCCUUGUGCAGAGUCUAUGUUUAUACUGAGGUUGGUGUCCGUUUGGAUAACGGGAGAACCGUUUUGGAUCUCCGAGCAUUUGUUUUUAGACUGUAAAAUGCAACAGGAGUGGCGAGCCAUGAAGAUGACGUGCUACCGUCGCUCUAUCAGUUACCAACUGUGAACUUGUUACUGAGUUUGUCUGCUAAGCUAACCAGCUAGUGUAUUGACAUUUAGAUUGUGUUUCCGAGUUGAGACUCAAAUCUCAAUACACUUUAAUCUCAUUGACGGGGUGGAGAUCAUUACUUUGCUCAAAAUGUCGAAAAUGCCGGGUAAAAAGAGAAGUUGCUUUCAAAUCACAAGUGUGACACAGGCUCAGGUGGCUGCUAGCAGCAUCACUGACGACACCGAAAGUCUGGACGACCCAGACGAAUCAAGGACCGAAGACGUGUCAUCGGAAAUCUUUGACGUGUCCAGGGCCGACUACGACCCGGAGGUGUGCGAUAUUAGUUCAUCAGAGGAAACUCUAAACAACGUGUCUGAGUCAGAAACGACCUCCGCUAUCACAAAGUCUCAUAUACCUCAGGAUGUGCAUGUAGCGGCAGUGUCGAAUCCAGCGAACGGCGGGCUUGCUUACAGACCCGCUGCCGGUGUUCAUGCCAACGCGCAUGUUGGAGGUGGUGGUGUGCCACCGACCACGUUCGCGGCGUCCACUCAGCAGCCAACUGCAGCGGUUGCAAGUCAGUCCAACAGUACUCCGCAGGCCCCAGCUGCUGCCCCCAGUUCAACAACAACUAGCUGCAGUUCACGUUUCAGGGUCAUCAAACUAGACCAUGGUACAGGAGAGCCCUUUAAACGGGGCAGAUGGACGUGCACGGAGUUCUAUGACAAAGAAAGUUCGGAAAGUUCUGCAAGUAGGACUGUGGAUAGCAGCAAGCAUUUGGUCACUCUGGACCACAAUGCUGACAACAGGGACACGAGUAGCUCCGUGGCCACCCACUCCGAGUCUGCCUCGGAGAGUGGCUAUGUGUCUGCGCCUCCGGGCGAGGUGCAGGCCCAGAGCUAUGGCAUCUCGCAUCAGGGUUUUGGGGGGGCUUCGCAAACCUUGGUCGCCCCUGGACAUAACGGCGUGCAGCAGAUGCUGCCCAACUCCUCCAUGCACAUGGUGAAGUCCCCAGUCAUGCCCCCGUCUAGCCAGCCCCAGCAGUUCCCAUACUCCCCACAGCAGCAGCAGCAGCACCCUGCAAGCCAUAGUUUCCAGCCAGCCAUGCCCCCUUCCCAGCCUGACUACAGGCAGCAGCAACAGCCGGCUGCGACGCCCCAGCCUUCAGGCGCCGCCGCCGCCGCCUCCACCGCAACGCACACACUUCCAGUGGCCUCACUCCCUGUGGGAGCUCCCCUCAACCACCAGGGCCCUUCCCCGGUCAUGACUCCCGCCGGCGUCCCUGUCCACCACAUCCUGGGCCUCCUGACCGGCGUGGGAGAUGCAGCAGUGCCCUCCUCAGGAGGGUCUCUGUCCAGUGGACAGGCCGCGUCAGCUCAGGGUCUCCCGCUUCAGCAAUCAGCAGCAGGCGCCGCCGCAGCGGGGGUCGUGGGUCUGCUCCAGGGGGGAGUAGGGGUGCAUCCAUCGCAGCCUAGUGGCCAGACGAUGCCCUCGGCGGUGGUGGCGGCAGCAGCAGCAGCCGCCGCAGCGCUCUCUGGUAUGUCGUCUGGCAACCCCAGUGCCCCCCAGACUCUGCCGACUCAGGCCCUGGUGGCGGCAGCAGGUGGCGUCGGGAUCCAGAGCCCGCCGCAGGGCUCCCGGACGGGGAUGGGGCUGCCGCAGAGCGAGGACGCCCGCCGGAAGUCGGAUGCUCUACCUCAGCUGCCUCCUGGCAUGGCAGGGAAAGACCCGUCAGGCCUGUCCAUAGGAACGCCGGCCGUCAACAGCCUCUUUGGCAUCCCCAUCGGCGUCAUGGAUGGAGAUGAUGACAGGAACCCAUCCACGGCUUUCUUCCAAGCCUUCCCAACUAGCAAGGUGCGGGAGCAUAAGCCCAUGGGUAAUAGUGCGUCUGGAGCCAGUGUUGUAGCCAUCGACAAUAAAAUCGAACAGGCAAUGGACCUGGUGAAGAGCCACCUGAUGUACGCGGUGCGUGAGGAGGUGGAGGUGCUGAAGGAGCAGAUCAAAGAGCUGUACGAGCGCAACUCUCAGCUGGAGCGCGAGAACGCCGUGCUCAAGUCGCUGGCCAACAGCGACCAGCUCUCACAGCUUCCCCCCGCCACCGCCGCCACCACCCAGACGAGCACCACCUCGCCCCCCGGCAGCGCCUCACACCCACAGCAGCAGCAGCAGCAGCCUCAUCAGCCUGCUCCCCCCCAGCAGCAGCAGCAGCACCCCCCCAGCAGUAGUGCCGAACAGCCCUCCCCCUCGCCUCCCCAGCCCCACAACCUCUCCUCCGCCUGAACCUGAAGUGCUUUCUCUUCUCUCUCCCAACCACAGCAAUGGGAUGCGUUAAGAGACAUUGACAUAAAAAAAAAAGAAUCAAAACGAUAACUUACAAAAGAGAGGGCAAAAACGUCUUGCAGGUUUUUUUUCUUUUUGUCAAGAAGGAGAAGAAAAAAAAGGCGGCCUUGUUUUGUGUUUUUGUUUUUCCCUCGGCCUCCAACAACAUGUCUUUUCACUUGUGAAGGGCCACGCUUCAGUGUGCCCUGUGGUGUGGCCUUCCUGGGGUGAGACAAUCAUGAUGUGGGCACUAGACCCGUUUCCUCUGGGCACGCACGCACUCAGUCACUAGCUCGCUCGCUAUCUCGCACGCAGGCACAGCACCUGCAGCAUGGGCUGGCACGCGGGGGGUGGCGAAGGAGAAGAGGGCAGAGGACAGGUGGAGAUGGAGAUGGGGGGGUCCCAGCGGGUCCCAACCAGGACUGAGGAGGGUGGCUGGACAGGUGACAGGAGAGAAGAGAAGAGAAGGGCGUGGUGUCUACAGACCCACACAAGAGAGAGAGGGAGAGCUUAGCCAGAGAGAGCAGCAUGUCCUGGUUUUUUUUGGAGGGGGGGGGUGUUGAGGAGUCAGGUGAUUGGAGGCUGGUUCGGUGGAAUAGGUCUGACAGGGAAAUUGACAUUUUGUAGAGAGAGAGAGGGGGUUGAAUGCUUUGUCUUAGGAAAGCUGAGCGAGCUGGGAGUCUUGGGGUGGGGACGAGGGACGGUGGGCCUUGGUCCUUGUUUUUAGGUGUUUUUUUAUUUUUACAUUUUUAAAGCAACGUCUUGUUCUCAUGUUGCAAAGAAAACUGCGGAUUGUCAUUUUCCCCCCUCCCUCCCUUCUACGUCUGCUGAGCUUAAUCUGCGAGAUGCAGGAGAUGACAGGAGAACAGCAGUUCUGAUUUUUGCUGUUUUUAUUUAUUACCGGGCUGCUAUAUAUUUUUUCAUAACGUAAAUGAACAAUGCCACAGAAAUAGUUCAGUAGUGGAAAGAAAAACAAUUCUGGCUCACGAAUUUCAAACUGUCACAGAUGUGAAUGUUGUACCACAUAAAUUAGACACACACACACAAACGGACAAUAAACACCCCCCUAGUCACUCAACACUAACGGCAGUUCCAAACUGGCAUUGCUAAACCACAGUAGGUAAGGUCUACAAUGAAUGUACAUUUGUAAAGUGUGUAAAGUAUUAAAAGCAUAGCAAGUUUGUACAGGUGAAACACCAGUUCAUAUGAAAUGACAAAUUUGAGCAAAUCUAUGGUGAUAUUUUGAUGAAGAAAACUUUUUUCAUUUGUUGUUUUCGGUUGAGAAUGGUGAGGUGAUUGCCAUAUCCCCAGACUAGUCGAAUCAAUUCAAGAGAGAAAGGCGCAUAGUUUUUAUCUUGGGAGUUGGAGGCAAAAAGCUGUGAAAUUGUUCAACAACCUGUUUGUAACCAAAGAAGCGAAGCUGUGUAAGUCUAUUUUUUAAUUUUGUAAUGCACACUCUAUGUAUUGUUUUUUUUCUUCUUUUUUUUCCUUUUUUUUAAGUCAAUAUUUUUUUGUUUUUGUUUUUUUGGGGGGGUCUGUUUAGCAUGUUCUGCAUGACGUAUAAUCCAACCACUUUCUUACCUCAUGUGUGUACCUGGCACUCUUAUUGUAAGUUAACAUAGUAGUCUGUGAACAACUGUCAUCUUGGAAAAAGGAUGCAGCAAGUGUUUUGAUGAUGUUUUAGAGAGGUGAAGGGUUAUUGCAGAUGUGUAUUUGCUGGAGGAUUUUGCUCGGAGCCGUUUUAAAAGUUGCGCUAGUACAAAAAUGAAGUGAGCCAUCAUCAAUGUCAAUGCUGAGUGAUGUACUUCAUCUGCAGAAUAUAUGUUUUGUGGUGUGACGACAAAAUUCCGAUUUGUUUUACAAACAUUUGGAGCAUUUAUUACCAUUUGGAUUGCAAACCGUUCAUCCAAGUACUCCUAACACGUGACAAUUUAAGAAACCAAAAUAAAAAUCAGACACCCACAAAAGAUGAGCAGUUGUAUGUUUGUUUUUAUUUUACCUGAUAAGACAUUUUAUUUGGAAACCGCCAGAUCUGUGAGAAGCAUAUGGUAUGUCUGCGUGUUUUUUCUAAAUGUUUUCUGUGCCUCUUGUACCGUUGCUUCUGUACGCAAAAGCUGGGUGAUGGUCGCUCAGAACGAACCCUUUCCAAACAUUAUGGGAUAUCUGUACAGUCUUGUCUCUCGUCUCCUCCAGACCUUCCUCUCCAUUCUCCACUUUCUUUCUGUUUUGUUUUUGUUUUUGUUCGGUUUUUUUUCUGAAGGAAAUGUAAACAAGCAAAUUGUAUUGUAUGAACUUGAUCACUGAGCCUUUGAGAGAUCUUUAAAGAAAAAAAAAAAAGAAAUACCCUUGUAAUGUGCUAUUUCUGAUAUAUUUUGUUUUCUCCAUCAAAAAUAAAUUACUGUUCUAUUCAGAACAACCCAAUCA